AUGAAUACUGCGCUCUUCACUCAAGAUGAUGAUUUUGAGUUACAAAUCUACGACGACAAGGACAAGCCCCCAUGGAGAACCCCCCCCCCUCUUCCCCCCCCCGGCCGCGGAGAAGAAGGCCAAGAAGAACAAGAAGGAAGAAAAAAUGUUCAAGCAAUUUAUGGCAAGAAUGAAAUGGGUAUUGCUAUUUCAAACAAAAUCGAUGCAAGCAAUGAUACGAUUCAAUUAUAUAGACAGCCGACGACAACGACAACGAAGAUGCCGAUAGCCCCGAGGAGGCAAAACCUCAAAGUUCGACAGGCCCCAGAGACCGCACUUCUCAUCCCUCUCCCUAACGACUCAGAGAACGAAGAAGAAGAAGACGGGGAGAAGAAGGCCUUGAAAAGGGCCAAGGAGGGAAAUCUACUCAAACAAGUAAUUGAUGACCAGAAUGAAGCGGGUACUGUUCUAUCCUAUCCAAAAGAACUCGAUACAAGCAAUGACUAA